AUGUCGCAGCAAUUCCUGGGCAUACAGAUUGAUGCCGUGUAUCACACCUCAAUCGUACUCGACGGCGUAGAAUACUACUACGGAUCAGGCGUGCAGACAUGUCGGGCGGGCACUACUCACCAUGGCCGGCCAAUGGAAGUAGUUAAGCUGGGGCAGACUGUGCUUCCUAUGGAGGUCAUAUUAGAGUACCUAGAGUCUUUAAAGGAGAUAUAUACUGCCGAGUCGUACGAUCUUUUCGCGCACAACUGCAACAACUUCUCGAACGACUUCGCCAUGUUCCUUGUCGGCAAAGGAAUACCAGACCACAUCACUUCCCUCCCACAGACCGUCUUGAACACGCCGUUCGGACAGAUGCUCAAACCGCAAAUCGACGCCGCUAUGCGACCAAUCGUCCAAGCGCCCACACCGCAGCCGGUACAACCGCAACCCCAUACGAAAGCGUCGAGCGCAAGUACAUCCAAUGGGGUCUCUUCUGGGGGCAGUGCUUUGGAAAUGAACACGGGCAGGGUCAACAACAUAACAGCACUGAAGGAUGUAGACCGCCUUCUCGAUCUCGCAAAAGACCGUUGCGCCAUCAUCUUCUUCACGAGUUCCACAUGCGCGCCAUGCAAGUUGGUGUACCAACCCUACGACGACCUUGCCGCCGAGACUGGCACCAAGUGCGUCUUCAUCAAAAUCGACUUUACCCACGCCGAUCGCUCCAUCAGCACCCGCUACCCGAACGUUCGCGCAACUCCGACAUUCAUAACAUACCUUAAGGGCGAAAAGCGAGACGAGUGGAGUGGAGCUGAUCCGAGGCAGCUGCGGAACAACGUGGAGAUGCUGGUCAACGCCGCGUUCCCAGCGCACCCACAUCUCGAGAAGAGCACACCCAUGCUGUUGCGGCAAAGUCAAAGGCCUGUCAAGUUCACCAAGGUGCCGCCACUGGAGAAGCUUGUCACGAAGAUGGGAGAUGCAGGACGGGAGCCAGCUGUGUCGUCAGUUGUAUCUUUCAUACAGACCCGCGAACAAUCUGGGGCCAUAGAAGCACCUUUAGGGAAUUUGCCGCAGUUUGCUGAUUACCUAAGGAAGAGCAUCUCAGUACUCCCUCCAGAGCUUCUGUUCAUGGUCAUAGACCUGCUCAGGGUAUCUCUGACCGACGUUCGUGUAGCAGGCUUCUUUGCGGAAGAACACAAAGGAGCAACUGGUACACCUGCUACGAUACACUUUCUGCUCGGCCACGUUGACAAGCUCGGCGAUUCGGCGCCUUAUCCACUUAGACUCACGACAUUACAUCUCGCAUGUAAUCUCUUCUCAUCGCCGCUCUUCAUACCACAUCUUCUCUCUCCGCCGCUCUCAUCAACGCUAAUCUCGAUCUUGACAACUGCGCUCCUUGACGAGAAACACCCCGCGCUCAAAGCCUCGGCUCUCAGCCUGGCAAUGAACAUGACGUCUUCGAACCAUCAAGUGCGCAUGAAGAAGCACAGCGCAAAUCAGACACAGUCUUUGUCUUCGGAGACUGAAAUACCGGAAGCGGAGCAAGGCGAGCUUCUAGCUUCGCUGCUGGAGAUCAUUGGCACCGAAGAGCAGUGGAGUGAGAAUCAGAAAAUGACUAUUAUAUGUAUUGGUUGGUUAGUGUAUGCUGCCGACAUGCAUGGUGAGCUGAGAGAUACUUGGAAAGUCAUGGAUGCCGUCGGUACGAUAGGGAAGGUUCUAGCGAAGGCUGGUGAGGAUAGCUUGAUGGUCAAUGAGGUGAAGAGUUUGUUGGAGGUUUAG